UCAAGGUCGUUUCCGUGCGCGUGGUGACAUUGUGACUGAAACGGCAUACGACAAUAUAAAUUUUACGUGUGUUCAUCAGCUGAUUACCUUUAAUACAAUUUUUUAAACCGACAACUUCUAAUUGAUUGAUCAUUUGACAGGACCAAAUGGCAUCAAAAGGAAAUAACCAGAUGGCACAACUUUUAGCUAAGCCAGGAUCAUCAGGCCAGCUGCCCCGGCUACCACCACGACCAGGCAAAACAGGACCUUUCAACAUCAAGGAUGAGGAAUGUAAGGGGGACUACUACCUGCAGUGUCAACAGCUCCAGGCCGCCCAGGCUACUUCCCACAUCGACCACAUGUGCUGCCUGGACAUCGACUCCGAGCCACACAUGGUCAGGAAGUCCGGCAUCAUCUGUACCAUAGGCCCAGCCUGUCGUGAGGUACCCAUGCUCCAGAAGAUGAUCAACGAAGGGAUGAACAUUGCCCGCCUAAACUUUUCACAUGGAACGCAUGAGUAUCACGGGGGCACCAUUGAAAAUGUGAGAGCUGCCGCUAGUGCUUUCACCCAGCCUCGUCCCAUUGCCAUCGCCCUGGACACCAAGGGACCUGAGAUCAGGACAGGACUUAUCAAGGGGGACCCUUCUGCAGAGGUAACCCUGAAGACAGGCAACACCAUCAAACUUACAACCGACCCCCAGUUCUACGAGCAGUGCUCCGAGGAUGUGCUCUACCUUGACUACGUCAACAUCACAAAGGUCAUGAAGGUCGUCGAGAGAGUCUACAUCGAUGAUGGCCUCAUCUCCGUCAUUGUCAGAGAAAUUGGUGACAAUUUUCUGAUCUGUGAGAUUGAGAACGGAGGAGACCUUGGAUCUAAGAAGGGCUGUAAUCUCCCAGGAGUAGCAGUUGACCUGCCAGCUGUAUCUGAGAAGGACAAAGAAGAUCUGUUGUUUGGCGUCAAACAUAAGGUCGAUAUGGUAUUUGCUUCCUUCAUCCGAAGUGGCGCUGGCAUUAAGGAGAUCCGAAGUAUUCUUGGGGAGGAAGGCAAGAACAUCAGGAUCAUCGCCAAGAUUGAAAACCAUGAGGGAGUGAAAAGGUUCGAUGAGAUCUUGGGGGAGGUCGAUGGUGUGAUGGUUGCCCGUGGCGACCUGGGUAUUGAGAUUCCAGCAGAGAAAGUGUUCCUGGCCCAGAAGAUGAUGAUAGGCCGAUGUAACCGUGCUGGAAAACCUGUCAUCUGUGCCACACAGAUGUUGGAGAGUAUGGUGAAGAAACCCCGUCCCACCCGUGCAGAGACAAGUGAUGUAGCUAAUGCCGUCCGAGGUGCUGAUUGUGUGAUGUUGUCUGGGGAGACAGCCAAGGGAACCUACCCUCUCGAGUCAGUGAAAAUGAUGCACCAUAUCUGCAGAGAAGCAGAGUCGGCAGUAUUCCACAACCAGCUGUUUGAGGAACUCCGUAGGGAGACUCCCAUGUUCACUGACGCUGCUCACACCAUCGCCAUCGCAGCCGUUGAGGCUUCCUUCUCAUCCAUGGCCGCUGCCAUCAUCGUCAUCACAACCUCGGGCAGAUCUGCCUACCUCGUGUCAGCUUACGGCCCCCGCUGCCCAAUCCUGGCGAUCACACGCAACGCUCAGACUGCACGACAGUGCCACCUUUACAGGGGUAUCUUCCCCAUCCACUACAGUGAUCGAGGCUUCAGCCCGGAGGAUCUUGACUCGCUCACAGACGAAGCAGCCGGCUCGGAUGAGCGCAUGAAUGAAUGGACUGCCGAUGUUGACCGUCGCAUCUGGAGUGCCAUCAGCUCAGGGAUGGGCCGUGGCUUUAUCAAAGAAGGAGACUCAAUUGUGGUGAUGACCGGCUGGAAGCCCGGGUCCGGAUCCACCAACACCAUGAGGAUCAUCACUGCCACGGAGAUGAAGGACAAGGAGCUCCUGCCACCCAUCGUUGGCAUCUCCAGCAUUCCUAGUUUAAACAAGGAAGCCUCUGAUGCAGGUGCCAGUGCAGAGAAAGGAAAGGAUGUCAAAUUCUUCUAAUGGAGAAAUCUUUUGUAGGUUAUUGAAAUCUGGCUUGAGGAUGUCCUGGGUGGUGGAACUGUAUCCUUGCUGGUAACUGUAUUUUAGCACAACAUGUUCAGUCAAUGUAAACAGAAUUCAGCUGUCCAAUCGAGGACUCUUGAAGGAAGAGUCUUGAAAUUUCUUCAGGGCACAUGAUUCUGCUAGCCAUGUCAUCCACAAGCCACUUUCAUGGCCUACAUGUCCCCACCUACCCUGUUGUGGUUUAGGUUACAUGUCACCUAGUGCUGUUAACGUUUAUUCAAGAAUGCCAUUUGUUGUAGGUUCUCUGUUAAAGCUACACAGAGAAGAGGCUUGGAGGUUUCACACAUAUGUUGUAUUGUGUCUAUUGGGGGAGCAUGUCCAGUUCUCUUGCCUAACUGUUUGCUGUAGGUUCUCUGUUACAGCUAUCCAGAAGAGGUUUUGAGGAGUGUCACACCUUUGUUGUGUGUAUCUGAAGGCCAUGUCAAGAUGGAACAGGUUCAUUUCUUUAAGUGUUAUCUUGUCUUCAUGCUCCAUUUACAAGUGGAACUGGCAGUGAAAGAUCUGCCUUGUAACGAACAAUACUAUCUUGGAUCAUUCAGCUUUUGAACUACACAAACGUUAUACAUUCUAAAAGUAACACCGAUAGAUAAUGUCACAAUGUAUGUGUGGUAGCUUUAAAUACAAGAUAUGAUUGUCAAGAUUCAGUGUUAUUCAUAUAACCUGGAUCUUUGAAGUGUUGUUACAGGUUUAAUUUAACCUUUUGAAACAAUUGAACCUGAUUUGUUGGUAGGUCCCUAUGUUUAGAUGAUCCUGUUUGACUCACUGGCUGAGUCUUGUAUCCUGACCAAUACUAGUAAUAUUAUACAAAAGACGAUCAAUGAUCUUGUUAAGUUAAUGAUGUUGGUAACUGAUGAUAAUACUGCUCAGUUGUCAAAUACUGGAACCUGUGAAACGAAUAUACGAUCUGUGAUAGAGGAUCAGUGAUCAAGAUACUAGUGUAUGGUGAAUGAAUCUGUGCAAAGGGAGACAUCAAGCAACAUACAUGUAAAUCUAUAUUAUGUAUAUUUGUUUUCUUUUUCAAUCAUGACAUCGAUAUUGUCAUUACUGUCUUGUUAAGAGAACAAAUUUUGCAGAUUCGACUGCUAAAGAAACAGCACCAAAAGAAACUGAUUCCGUAAUUGUUUGUUUUCUGUUUUAUGUCAUUAUUUUUAGCCACAUGACACAAUUUUUGGUUGGAACUUGACGUCUGCCAGCAGUAGUAUUGGUAAUGACCACUACACAAAGAUAGUUGAUGUUAGAGAUUAUUGUUUAUUCUCCAAAUGGGAAUGCCUUUGGCACAUGCAUUUAGGUUAAAGAUCAAGGUAAUGAAGUAGAAGAACCUCACUUAUGGCUACUUUCUUAAAACUUAUUAAUACAUCUGAGAUUAAACUUAAAACUUAUCUUCUCUAAAAUGGGGAACUGAUUUGAAAAGGUUACAUUGAAAUUUCAAGGUAAACAUUAUUAUAUUGUCGAAUUCGGAGGAUGGUUACCUUUCUUUGCACAUGUAAAUUUAUAUUUGCAAGUAUUUACAAGUUGUAUCAUAUGUAAUUUUGGUGCUUUGUAAAAUUGGUUAGUAUAAGAGCCUGAGACUAGGGUAACUGUUAGAUCUUGAGGAGUUUCUCUUCAAUGUCUUCCAGGCCUGGCAGUAAUGUUUUUGGACCAGAAUUACAUUGUACUUGAAGACUUUUAAGUUUUUAGAGUGCUCUUACGGUAUAUAUAUUAUAUUAUAUUAUAUUAUAUGUACCAAAGGCCUUUUUUCUGUACCAAGUAAAGAUUGAUUGAUUGAUGCUUAAGUUGACUGAGCUGGUCCUUGUUUUGCAAGUAAAAUUCAAGCGCUUCUAGUUUUUCAAACUUCUGUUUUUCUUCUGACUUACCCUAAUGUAUUUGGCAAACAUCUGGUGAUGGUUAGAGAUGUGUGGAUUUAUUUAACCUCCUUCAAAUGAUGGAAGCUUGUUAUGUUAUAGCUAGGUGUCUUUUCAGAUGUGUAACAAACCUUAUUUAAUAACCCUAAACAUUUGCCAAAGUUUCUUUAUCUAAUACCUCAGAGUGAAGGGUGUCAGUCCAUUAUGUGGACAUGGCCUGUGUGUGAAUGCAUUAUGGAAUAUGAAUGAUUGUGUAACAUUCUGUAUGUCUUGCAGAAGUGUAUAUUCCAAAAUACCCUGCUAUAGCUAGUCGUUUUCAGGACAUGGCAUGUUAGGGGACUUGUUGAUUUCCUAGCAUUACUGCAGUUUAUAGAACCCCCUGCUAAUGGAUGUAAUAUAGUUAUCAAUAUCUUAUCUCUGAAGUAGCCUUAAAUCUAUUCUAUUUUACUCUUAUUACGUGUUUAUUUUGUUGACACUUUUGACUUGAGAUUAUCAGAAUGUGUGUUUGCCAUUUUGAACAAAGAAGUUAUCUACAUAUUUUACCUGGAAGAUUUUAGUUGUUCUCCUAGAUGUGCUGUCACAAUUAAACGCUAUGCUCACAGUCUAACUAAUCACAAGCAAAAAGUUGGGAGCAGGAGUGUCAGACGUCGAAGGUGCAAGUGUUCACUGCAGAGUUUGGGAUUUCCUCCCACUCAAGCUGACACUUACAUUGUGACGAUCAAAACAAAGGCAGGAUACAUUACACAGAAAGUGAAAGGACAGUCGUCAAUAUGAGUAGCUUACAGUUCCUUAUAUGAUGGACAAACCAAUUUGUUUUCAUGAUUUUCUUGUCAUUUCUGUUGGACUGAAUAAGAUAAUACUAUUUGAUUAUUUCUAUGAAAACUACAGGGCAUGUCUUGUCUAAUGAUAUUGCAAAUUGUGUUACUUUCAUGAAGAUUUUGAAAUAAGAUUGGUUUGUCUGAAGACUUAUUGUACUAUGUGUUCCUGGUGUUGCCUCAAAGGAAACCCGGUUAUGCUUUGAUAAUUUAUUGUUAUUAUUAUCUAACAAAGCUGUUUUUAUCAAUCAGAGUCAUCUAAUGAGUGCUGUUGGUUAUCUAAUGAACUGACUUAUUUGUUUUGUUUGAUACAGCAAGGGAGAUGAGUUCACCAGCAACAAGUACAGGUUGUCGGUCUACUUAAGGAAUUUACUCUUGUUUUCGGCACAUCUGUACCUGUUUUGGUGUCCCUCCCUCUGAGCAUGUUUUACCAAGAGGUGCAAUGUAUAAGGCAGUUCACUACCUAUGCUGUUUCCCCUGUUUUAGUCUAACACAUCUAAACAUAAAUAAACAUUAUAGUGAGUGGCAAA